AUGUGGUGUUUCAAUUUGAUCAUCGUUAUAACUACGAUAGUAUAUACAACAUCGUCUCCCCUGUACGAUGAGACAAAUCUAGGAGCUGGUUGCACAAUUACUUCUUACUCAGAAGUUAAUACCGUAGUAAAUAGUUGUACAAACAUAAUUAUUAAUGGACUUGCUGUACCUCCAGGGAAAACUUUGGAACUCGACUUAAAAUCUGGAACUAAUCUAACUUUUCAAGGUACUACAUCUUUUGGUUCUAGUACGAAAUGGGAAGGACCACUAAUAACAAUUACAGGAAAUAAUAUUCAUGUGAAUGGUGCUACUGGUUCAAAAUUAGAUGGGCAAGGAACCAAUUACUGGGACGGCAAAGGUGACGUAAACCCAGGAAAGCCAAAAUUCUUCAGAAUCAAAGCUACUGGGGGAUCAACUUUCUCCAAUAUUCACUUGUUGAACUGCCCUAAACAAUGCGUAUCCAUCCAAAACUCAAACCAGAUCAUUUUAUCAAAAUGGACUGUAGAUGUUUCCGCUGGUGAUAAAAAUAAUUUGGGACACAAUACCGAUGGAUUUGACAUUUCUGAUUCAGAAGCAGUUACAAUUAAAGACUCUGUUAUCAUGAACCAAGAUGAUUGUGUUGCUGUUAAUUCUGGAAAACACUUACACUUUUCAAACUUGCUAUGUUCCGGUGGACACGGGUUAAGCUUGUCCGUUGGAAUGAGUAAAACAGAUUCGUCUAAAAACCAGUUAUCCGAUGUAACCUUUACUGAUUGUAAUGUUACCAACUCACGUAAUGGUAUCCAUGUUAAAACGCAUUCCGAUGCUACUCAAGGAUCUGUUAAUAAUAUUACUUAUAAAAAUAUACACUUAAAUGGAAUCACCAACUAUGGAAUAAAUGUACAACAAGAUUAUGCAGGAGGUUCGUCAAAUGGAACUCCAACUAAUAAUAUUCCAAUUAAAGGACUAACUAUGAAUAAUAUAAUUGGAACUAUGACCGGACCUAAUUCAGAAGCAGUUUUUGUACUUUGUGGAACUAGUGGAUGUUCCGGGUUCGAUUGGUCUGGAGUAUCGAUUACUGGUGCCAACAAGGCAAGCAACUGUACAAAUUUUAAACCACCUGGAAUUAAUUGUUAA